UUCCCGGAAUACGAACUUUUUUGGUUGCUGUGCUUGCUCUGUGCUUUUGUUUUUCUCUAUUCUGAGUGGGUAUGCGCCUUGCGAUGUUCCGUUUGUUAACCUUGUAGGUAGUGUUCGCAGGGACGAUCUCGGGGAUCGUUUGUUGCGUUCGUAUUCGCGAUGGUGGUGUGGCGAAUCCUUCACAACGUGGGUGGUGUGGCCGUGCUCUAUCGUAGGCCUGGCUAGGCCUCGUACGAGUCGUUGAUGAGAGGGCCUUCGAGAUUUGGAGUUUGUCGAUUCCUGGUUCCUGGUUUCCGGACUGCAGUAUCGGCUGGGUGCAGCUUUUAGGUGUUCGUGGCUUUGCUUGGGUUCACCCCCUCCUCGUACUAUCUAUUCUUCCCACGUAAAAUGCCGAGUAUGCUGUGCAAGCUAAGGAGUCGAAAGGAAAGAAAUAACGUCACUCGCUUGCCAAAGAAGAGAAAGACCGACAGAAAAGAAAAAUAACCAGCGUAAAUGCGAGGAGAAGAAAGGGGAGGAGCAGCAACAGAUGACCUAUGUACGCGAAGGACGAAGAUGACCACGUAAGUAAGGGAAAAGGCUGACGAACACCAUUGCCCUUCGGUGCCUUCCAUAUGGUUGUAUAUAUAAACUCAGCCCCCAUCGAUUCAGGAAAGGGCAUCCUCAGGACCAAAGUAUUGAGGCGCAAUGACCCAAUCAAGAGUUAUCGAUGUAGGAUAAAUAAUCAAAGGCAGUUGAGGUGUGGAGGGGGUCUUGCACAAGACGUUGUAGGGGUGAGUGUGGCUGUGGGUUGUCUUUGCGCUUACGUUGCUUAAAUUAGACACUCCUCCCUUUGGGGACU